CUGUACGGAAACAAUGGGAAACGAGCACAAAAAAUCAACUGGCUUUUUAUAAGCUGGUUACGUAGAUAUCCGAAUUUGUUUUUCAUACGAGGGAAUUUUAAAACGGAAGUUUAUUGUUAUGCAUGACUUUCUCGUAUUAGUUGUUGUAUUUAAACGUUAUGAGGCUUUUAGGCUUGUCAGCUGCAUGUAACUUGUUUCCAUAUUUGGACAAAGCAUCCAAAAAACAUUUUCCAUCAAUUCAAGGAGAGCCAUGGAAACAUUAGAAUCUAUGUUGAAAGCUGUACGCGAUUUUCUUACUUUUCUUGAACAGAAUAAACAAAAUAUUCUCAAUAUAUCGUCUGUUCCAUCUGUGAAAUUUCAUCCAGUACCAGGUUGUUCGGAAUAUACAACCAGUCUCCCUCCUGCGAAAAAUGAUUACGUUGCUCAAACCCCUUUUGUACUGUUACCUAAACUUAAUGAAAACCCAGACAUCUCCCGAAGUGUCGAUGCAUAUUGUAAAACGCCCAAGUCAUCAAAGCCUACCCUUAAUCGUUUAAAUAUACCAUGUUCAUUAUCGUCUGAACUAUAUUCAUGGUGUCCUGUCGGACUACAAGUAGAUGGAGAUUGUUCUCUUGCUGGAAUAGAAAGAAGACCAAAUCAAAUGUCUUGUAGAUUUGUAGUAACUAAUCGUGUGUCAUGUGUUUCAGAAAAUGGCCAGAUUGUAUGCACGGAAGGUAACAAUAUAUAUUAUUUACGUGGGGGAUUUUCUUGGACAACAUUUUGUGCACUUUAUCCUAUGCUGUUAAUUGACUCACCUCCUCCUGGAAUAGUUGAUGCAUUUUCUAAUGGUUUUCCUGCACAUGAUUGGAGGAGUUGGACUCAAGGACUGCACUACUUUAUAUCUACUGCUUCCGAAGGGAUUAAGGAAUCUGUAGUCAUUAGUUCUGGUGUACAACCUAUAAAUAUGCCAAGUCCUAUUUGUGCUAAUAGGUUGCCAAAGGAAAAUCAGUAUAAGCAUAUAUUAAAUCCAACCAAUCGUGAUGUAGACCUAGAUUCAUUUGUUGGGAAUACAUUUCGUGAUUUGGAAAAAGAUUUGGAGCUUGCUGAUCCUGUUAAGACGAGUAUUCAAACAAAUCAUAAUCAUAGUAACAAUAAAUCACCAAUUGAAUUAAAUGAUAAUAAUAAUUUAUCAUCAAUAGAUUCAUUUUCUCAUUUCACUUCAGUAUCUGAAAAUCAUUAUCCACCAUUAACCUCUAUUCAUUUGUCAAAAAAAUUUAAAAAAUCGAAAUUUAUUGAUAAAAAUCAAUUAAAUGAUCCACAUCAUUUAAUCAACAAAAAAUCAAUAAAACAAAAUAAUCAAUAUUUAUUAACAGAUAAAGCUAAUUUACAUAAAAUUAAAAAACAAACAAAUAAAAGUCAAUUACGUAAUUUAUUAUCAAAUCAUCAAUCUUUAUUCAAUGAUCAAAGUGAUAAUAAUAAUGAUGAUGAUAAUAUUGAUGAACGUUAUCGUUUAUAUACAGCCUCAGGUAAAGUAGUUGAUGUUAGACAAUUAAAUCGUACAAGAUCUGGACGCAUUGUCAUACCGAAACUAGACACGCGUUAUGAACAAAGUGUUGUUUUGAAUCGUGGACAUGUAAUGGGUGUCAGUCGUAAUACAGAUGAUGAGACUUUAAUAUCUUGGGUCUCGGAAUCAUCUAGUCAUUAAUAGAAGCGGUAAUUAUAUUUUGUACAGGCGAUGCAUUUCAAACCCACUGAUUUCAUCGGUGUACUUAUUUUUUUAACAUUUUGAUUUUGUUUUUAUAUAUUAUAUUUAAAACAAUACGAAUUAUUUAAUUAGUUUCCUGUUGCUUUUAUUAAUGGGAUUAUAGAGAGAAUUUUGUAGAAUCUAGUGAAAAGCUACACCAGAAUUAUUAAAUGCUUUUAUGCUUGACUAUAUUUAAUGGUAUUUUAAUGUAUUGAAGUACAAUAUCUAACAAAGAGAUGGUGUUGAACGUAUAGAUGCUAACUCAAAACAAUUGUUCUUCACUGCACGGUAACAUUGUGCCCUGGUACAGUCGGCUCUCCCUCACAUGGCCACGUGCAUACAACCAUUGUCAAGGAAGUCCUACUCACUGCUUUCUCACGGUGGGGGUGUUGUUUACGAAAUUCAGAGGACGAAAAGCGAAUGUCCGGCACUUUGACUAGGUUGACGAAUCUGGGGAAUACAACUAGAGUAGAGGAGUUGGAAAACCCUGAUUCCAAAUCAAUGGUGCACGUGGACUCCAGUAUCCUGAGGGAACAAAUGGCGUAUGAACCAAUUAUUGGUCACCGGCUACCAUGGGACUGCAUCUCGUAAUGUUGCUCCAUUGCCUUGUGGACCAGACCUCUAGGUCGAAGGUUCUGGUAGUGACCCCCUAAGUAAACCACGUGCUUCGGUUUGAGCGCCGUGGCAGUAUCGCAGCACUCACAUAAGCUGAAUGAUUUAUGUGGCGCAUAUCUACUUAGUGCCUCCUUGUACCGAUAUUUAUGUGUUUAAAUAAUAAAUAAAAAUUACACUAUAUUUUCUAAAUGACCCUGGAGUCAGUAGUAUAUGCAUAUUUGUUGCUGGGGCAACAUGCACAAAAUAUGUCCGAACCGCCUGACUUAGGGUCUUAGGAGGAGGACAAAUUUUUAUCUUGAUUACGUCAGAGAACUCAUGUUAAACUUGAGCAUAACUUAUGGAGCGACCAUGGUAUUUUAACAGUUAUCCAGAAUCCUCAAGUUGUAAUGAUCAUGUGUCAGAAACGUCUUUGUGUUGUAAAACUGAUUUUUUGGUCAGAUCAUUAAAGCUGAGAAUAAGCAUAACGCGCUCUAGCUUUCAAUAUACGUAGAUCAAUCCCAAUCACUGCCUCACAAUUAGCACUUAAUAACACAGAUGUAAACAAAGAUCUCUUUUAAGUAAUUUCCCGACCGUUGUUGCUACACUGACGUGGUGGUCGGGCUUGCCUAUCGUGAUAAAGCAAC